AGAGUUAUUGCAAAUGUGUUUUGGUUAGGUGCCAGAAGUCUAGAGGGGAGUUGGAUCUCGAAAUAUAAAUCUGCAUCACUGUCUAUGAUGCCGUCCAGCGCUGUGAAGGAGUACGAACAGGAAAAGUUAACACAAAACUCCUUUUUGUAUCACGGCUGCCAGAGCGCCUCGGAUUAUCAAACCAGUAUUUAUUUAACGCUGCACGAGGUUGUGCGGCAGUGUGGCAGACUCCUGGUGGCUUGAUGAAUCUGUGCGUGAAGCCCUCACUCAGGAUUGCUUGUGUCGCUACCGCGCUGUGCCUGGCGGUCGCGCAGGUGUGCAGCUUUCUUAGUGCUGGUCCAGCCCCUCUAGCACAGAGGGGCGCCGCGCCGCUGCAUGAUGCAUCUUGCCGCGCACUCUUCACCGUCACGGAUGUUCCCCAAACUUACGCGCCGAACGCCAGUCUCUUCACACACAACCGUUAUGGAUACGUGCCCGCUGACAAGCUGAGUGUAGACUGGAGAGCUCGGCAAUACCCUGACACUUGUGGCGGCAACGAUGUGGCCGGGGCAGUACAGCAGCUGCUCCUCAAGAGAGACUCUCCGUCUGGAGCGACAACGACCGACUACUCCCCGCUUGCGGCCGUCCUUCCCUCCGUGCUGGCCUUCCAGGGCGAGGGCGGGGCCAGCGUCCCGACAGUCACCGCCACCACCAGGAUCGGCGCCGCCGGCGGCCAGCUGCCCUACGUGCCGUGUGAAAUAGCGGCCUACUCUGACCCAGCCUCGGUAGCCGCCUGCUUCAGGGCAAGACUGGCUCGCCAGGACACUCUCUGGAUCUUCUUCAUGGGAGACUCAAAAAUAAGAUACUUAUUUUUCGAGUUUCUCUCAAGAAGUGAUGACGAGCUUCACUAUCUAAUCAAGCUUGAGAACGGUACCAAGUCCCUCGCCGAGAUAAACAGAAAACACCUUAAACUCAAAGUCGACAUGGAAGCAUCGAGCACCAAGCUGCCUGGACUGCUCGUCUCCUUCCAGUUCAGAACGUUCAGCGAACAGCAGAUGAGCAAGAUGCAAGGUAGUGCGGAGGUGGAGCAGCUGGUGCAGUGGGCUGCAGGCCAGGAUACACCCCAUCUUCUGGUAGUAGGUUACGCUGCGUGGUCCACCAGGAAGAUAAAAGCGUACUUGUGCGACACCCUGGACUUCUUGGCUGACAUGCACCAGAUCGUGGCGACCCUCCUGCAGCAGAUCAGUCAGAGAGCCAGGGUUAUUGUGACCUCUCAGAAUAGAUGCAAAGUCAACACAUCAGCAGCGUCUGAAGAGAACAGCAUCCCUUUUGGAGACCCUACUUUUGACUGGAGCGAGGCAGUAUUCCUGUACUAUGUACAACGACAUUCACUGCACCUGCCACCAUCUCCAGCAUCUGGUACAAAUGCUAAUGUGUCGAAAUCACUGGUAAGAAUAACAAAAGCACGACUGGACAACAUCAGCAAACGCCACAGAGACCACCUGGUUCCAGACGUAGAAGACAGCGGAGUGUGGUGGUGGGACUCGAGUCUGCCGCUGAGCCUAGCGGAGAACAGAGAGUGUGAGGAACUGUAUCUCCGCGGUCUGACCACACACCCAAUAUAUAACGACCCCUUCCAUAGGUGCUAUGACUCAUACCACUCGGGUGGCGUCACUCUCGGUGACCAGGUCACUAUGCUGCUCAACCUGGUGUGCAACUCAGCGUUGGGGACACGGGAGGGAGUGUGCUGUAGCUAACAGUGACACAACAGCAAUGCUCUAUUUUUUUUCUGUGCGUAACAAGAGUCACGAUAGUAAGCCUGACGUUCUUAUACUUGUUCUGAUUCUACAGAUUAGACACUAUACCAGGUGAGUCUCAAGGGACAACACGGAAUUUCCUUCUUUCGUUUUCCUUGCAAAAUACAACCAACAAAGUAAAUAGAUGGUGUAGAAUAGAUACUUCAUAAAGAGAAAAGGAAAUAAAAUGUUGUGGACCUUUCUGUUUUGACGUGAAACACACACACACACACACACACACACACACACACAGACAGACAGUGGUACGACAAGAUUAAGUCUUUGUGUGGUUUACAAAAACAAGCCUCUUCUCUUCCCUGUAUU